AUGCCGCUACUGGCCUCUGGCUCUGGCUCUGGCUCUGGCUCUGGCUCUGGCUCUGGCUCUGGCUCUGGCUCUGGCUCUGGCUCUGGCUCUGGCUCUGGCUCUGGCUCUGGCUCUGGCUCUGGCUCUGGCUCUGGCUCUGGCGGUCCCUUGCGCUGCCACCCUCUCUUCCCGCGAUAUCCAGAGCACAGCACAAUAGCGCUCUCGUCGUCGAACCCUCCCCCCCUUACAAGUGCUAUGAUUAGCAGGACGCGACAGCCGGCCCUCGAGACCGUGCGCCCGGGGGAAUUGUUGGGCCCUCUCCGCCUCUACUCCCGGCGAAUAUCCGUCGACUACGAAAACGGCUAUCCUGCUCAUCAAUGCUAG